UCUCUUUUUCUCCCGCAUCCUCGUCUGCAGCAUCAGCACCAGCGAGGAGGACAGCUCCGCCACCUCCACCAACCAACCUCCUCCUCCUCCUCCUCCUCCUCCAUCAUCACCCCCGCCACCGAGGAUCGGAGCCCCGCUCUACCGGGUCCCCCCUGUCCUCCCCGCCGCCGGGUGUGUGUCCCCUCUCUGUCCUCCCUCUCCUCCCCUCCCCGGACUCUGCAGUAAUAGGGGGAGUCGGCAACAGCGGCACGAGCAGCAGCAGCAGCAGAGAGAGCGCAGCAUCAUCAUCCAUCCCCCCCUGCACCAAGGAUGAAGGACCGGACCCAGGAGCUGAGGAGUGCUAAAGACAGCGAUGACGAUGAGGAGAUCGUACAUGUGGAUCGGGAUCAUUUUAUGGAUGAAUUCUUCGAACAGGUGGAAGAGAUCCGGGGCUGUAUAGAAAAGCUCUCAGAAGAUGUGGAGCAGGUGAAGAAACAGCACAGCGCCAUCUUGGCCGCUCCAAAUCCGGAUGAGAAAACUAAACAGGAGCUGGAGGAUCUCACGGCCGACAUCAAGAAAACGGCCAACAAAGUGCGCUCCAAGUUGAAAGCAAUUGAGCAGAGCAUUGAGCAGGAAGAGGGUAUGAACCGCUCCUCAGCCGACCUGCGUAUCCGGAAAACACAGCACUCUACUCUGUCCCGCAAAUUUGUGGAGGUGAUGACAGAGUACAAUGCAACGCAGUCAAAAUACAGAGACCGCUGCAAGGACCGCAUCCAGAGACAGCUGGAAAUCACUGGUAGAACUACGACCAAUGAAGAGCUGGAAGACAUGCUGGAGAGCGGGAAGCUGGCCAUAUUCACAGAUGACAUCAAGAUGGACUCCCAGAUGACCAAACAAGCUCUUAACGAGAUUGAGACCCGACACACUGAGAUCAUAAAGCUGGAAAACAGCAUCCGAGAGCUGCAUGACAUGUUUGUAGACAUGGCUAUGCUCGUGGAGAGUCAGGGGGAGAUGAUAGACCGCAUUGAGUAUAACGUGGAGCACUCCGUGGACUAUGUGGAACGAGCGGUGUCUGAUACCAAGAAAGCUGUGAAAUAUCAGAGCAAAGCACGAAGGAAGAAAAUUAUGAUCAUCAUCUGUUGUGUUGUGUUGGGUGUUGUCUUGGCCUCCUCUAUCGGAGGGACGCUGGGAUUCUGAAAAUAAAACAAAAUGCACAAUGCAGAUUAAAAGGAGAGAUAAAGAAGAUAGUGAAUUAUAAAAAAAAAGAUUUAAAAAAGAGAUACAAUAUUAUGUACAUGACAAGUAUUGGAAUUAACGCACAGAUCAGGAAGCUGUGAGUGCGUCAGCCCUUUUUUUUGCCUCUGUGGGUUUCGCUCAGGAGUUAGGUUACCAUCAGCUAAUCCAAGCUGGCCGGGCGCAUAUUAAGAAGUCAAUCUGUUCCCGUCAAUGGUGUUAACUGACGUCAACCUAAAGCCAAAUCCUCAACUGUCACCCACAGUUGCUGGGAAGCAAAAAGGGCACCCCCCCCCCAAAAAAAAAUCCCAAAUAUUUUUUUCUUCUUAAAUGUCUGUUACCUGUAUGGUUUUUUGAUUUUUCAAAUUUUUUUUGUUACCCGUCUGUCAAGGUUUAAAAAAAAAAACCAAACCAACUGUAUUUGUCGUUACUGGACGUGUUCCACAGGGACCCCCGGACAUGUUGCGUUGGCAGAGGGUCCGACCUGGCGCUUUCUUUAGUCUUUUUUCUUGACUGGUGGCUGAGUGUGUUUCUGUUACUUGCCAAAGUCUUGUGUGUGUACGCGUCCGCCCGAAUUUCUUCCGUUUUUGUUGGUGGUGAUGUGAGCGUGCUGGGAUGGGAAAGGGGAGGGGGAGUGCAUGUACGUCGGCUGUGCGUCCGUCUUGGGAAACUGGCGGUCUGUAAGAUCCCGGUGACCGCUAGCCAAAAGAGACCAGAUGCUGACCGUGGUGUGUUGGCGUCUUAAACGUGCGUUUUUUUUUUUGUUUUUUCUGCAGUAAUUAGCAAUGGGUAGGGAAAAACGUUGUGUCACCAUAUUCCUCAUUUCGAGGAGAAGAACCUGCUGCUCGAUCUUCCACCGAUUUUGUAUUUUUUGGACUUUUUUUUUUUCUUUGCCAAAGUUUUUGUUACCAGCGUGUCACGUCAUUCCGACAACCCAUGAAAUGUCUCGUACAGUCUGUUUAUUGUUACUUGAUAUUAUUGGCUCUCCCGUCGGUUUUUGUACCUCCUUACUGUGCAGUGUUAUAUUCAGUACUAAUCUACCCACUGACAAGAUGUUACGCCCAAUCACAUACGCUCUUAUCUUAGAAUAUUAUCCAUCUUUACAAUCCUUAGGCCCCCCUCGGCUUAUCCCACCCAUUGUGUCUACAUAAUCCACUUAUCUUAUCUCCAGUUGGUUUCAGAAAUCUGAAACUCCUCCUACAUAAUCAUGCAAAAAAAAAAUGUAAUGACCGGUCUAGUUUUAAGACGCAGGAAAUUUUUUGAAAUUUCCUUUUAAUGAAGGCUAUUUUUUUUUUU